GUGUGAGGCUGAUAUAUCGUACCUCUUGUAUUAUACCUUUCCUUUCUGCUUUUUUUUUUUUUCCCCUAACGCAGCUUUUAUAGUUGUUUAAGAUCAGAGAAAGCACCUGCCAGUUGCUUUUUCUUCCCUUUUGCUCCCUUCUUCUGCCUCGUGCAAGAUGGAGCUAGAAAAUGAAAUGAUCAGUUCCUCCAGCAAUUCUUCAGCAGGCUCCAGAGAGUACAAGGUGGUGAUGCUAGGAGCAGGGGGAGUUGGCAAAAGCGCAAUGACAAUGCAGUUCAUAAGUCAUCGGUUCCCUGACUAUCAUGAUCCAACUAUAGAGGAUGCCUAUAAAACUCAAGUCCGAAUUGAUGACGAACCAGCCUAUUUGGACAUUCUAGACACUGCUGGACAG